AUGCACCAGCAGCGGCAGGGCAUGUACACCAACCGCCACAUUGCCAGUGCCCACAAGCUCAUUGGCGGCCUCAAUGACGAGGACCCCACCUUCAAGAGUCGGCUGAAGAAUGUCGUCUCCUCCUACAACUUCCAGCUGGUCAUGGUCGUGCUGGUCAUUCUCGACUGUAUUAUGGUUCUGGGCGAGAUGGUCAUUGAGAUGCAGAUGGGAAACUGCCAUGGGGGAGGGGGCGAUCACCACCAGCAAGUGGUUAGUCAUGCCACUAAAUCGAUAACUGACGCCUUCACGACGAUGAUGAGCACACUGACCACUGAGCGGCCCGAUCCGGUUACCGAGGACAUGUACGUGGCAGAGUCGGCCCAGGUGGUCGUCGAGAGUCCGUCACUUUUUGAGCCCUGCGACCACGUUCACCUGCUGCACAAGAUAGAGAUGUACUUCCACCUGACGUCCAUUUUCAUUCUAUUCACCUUCAACGUGGAGCUGGGCCUGCGACUGUACAUCUUCGGCUACAAGUACUUCCUGCACCUGGAGAACGCCUUGGACGCCAUUGUGGUCAUCGUCUCCUUUUGGCUCGACGUUGCCUUCCUCGACAGCGGCAUGAAGAAGUACCUCUACCUGCUGAUCAUCCUCCGACUGUGGCGAGUGCUGCGCAUCAUUCACGCCAUCAUUCACGCCAUCAAGACGCCCUUCGAGCGGCAGAUUGAGAAGCUGAAGAAGAAGCGCAAGAUCCUCCAGCGGGACCUGGCCAAGGCGUACUUCUACUCAAACAUGCUUGAGGAGGAGAUCACUGCACUGCGAAACCGCAUUGCCGACAUGACUGAGGCAGCCAAACGAGAGGCAGAGGCGGACGCGGUGACGGUGGAUGACGAGGAAGGCGAGGAGGAUGACGAGGACACGGAUGAGGGGACCGCUUCGGCCGCCGGAGACAAUACCAAAUCAGAUGUGAACAACAACAACCACAACCACCACAAAGGUGAUCACAAGUGA